GGAGUGAAGUCUAAAAAACGGUACAAACCAGGUACUGCAGCUUUAAGGGAAAUAAGAAAGUAUCAGAAAUCUACAGAUCUCCUUCUCGCAAAGCUUCCUUUCUCCCGACUCGUUCGAGAAAUACACGAGGAUUUCCUAGACUCAGCUUACAGAUACGAUUAUCAUCCGUCUCGGUGGCAGUCCUCUGCUUUGAUGUGUUUACAGGAAGCUGCAGAAGCUUAUCUGGUACACUUAUUCGAGGAUUCCUAUUUGUGUACUUUACACGCAAAAAGAGUCACGCUUAUGCAACAGGAUAUACGACUCGCUCGAAGAAUACGCGGGCAGUAA